AUGUCUCCGGCGUGGCGCGACAGGUCGGCCAGCUGCUCGAGCAGCAGCACCAGGGCGUGCGCGGCGACCUGCUCCAGCGAGCAGAAGGGCGGCGCGGCGCCCGCCGGGUUCCCGGCGCGCUCAGGCGGGCGCCGGCGCGCGGGCUGCACGGUCCUCUGCGGGAAGGGCAUGGCGCGGGGGCCGGGACGGCGCCGGCAAGCUCAGCCUCAGGCCGCUCCCCGCAUCCGACACAAAGGAAAGUGGCGCGGGCGGGACGGGAGCGCGGCCCCAGCGGGCGGCGUCCUCCCGCGCUCGGCCCGGCCCCGCUCCCGCUCCCGAAGACCUCGGGUGGCAGAGCGCGCGGCGCCUUCCCUCCUGCGGCCCGGCGGGAGGAGCCGGGGGACUGGCGGCCGGCACCGGCGAGGGAGGAGGCGCGCGGAGCGCAGGGGGAGGAGACAGGGGCGGCCCGGGGCCCGGCCACCUGCACCCGGCCCGGCUCCGCGCCCUGCCCGGUGCCCCGCGCGUCCCCUCGCGGCCCUCGGCGUUGAGCCGGUCCCCUCCCCGCCUCCUGGGCCCGGCUCACCUGCGCGCCCCGCCCCCAGGCCAAACCCCGGCUCAGGCCGUCUGGGCGGGCCCCACAGAGCAUUUGAGGAGACUGAGCCCAGUUUCCGGAAGCUAAAAUCGCACUGGCCUCAGGUCUGUGUUUGUGGAGAAGAACCCCAGUUCAGUUUGGGAGCCAGUCUCCCGCAGCGCUGCUGCUCCAACGGUGAAGUGUGUUCUGUCUUUCUGAGCGACCAGCCCAAACAGCAGCAGCACCUCGGGGCAAGAUGGCAGGGUGGUGGUGGGGGGGGUGAGGCUGGAGUGACUCUGGGACAGCCACACCUUUCCCGUCAGGAUCUCGCCACCUUGGAUGUUACCAAGGUGACUCCACUUUCACAUGAAGUAAUCAGCAGACAAGCAACAAUUAAUGUAGGUCCCAUUGGUCAUGUAGCUCAUGGGAAGUCCACAGUUGUAAAAGCCAUUUCUGGAGUUCACACUGUCAGGUUCAAAAAUGAACUAGAAAGAAACAUUACAAUCAAGCUUGGAUAUGCUAAUGCUAAGAUUUAUAAACUCGAUGACCCAAGUUGCCCUCGACCAGAAUGCUAUAGGUCAUGUGGAAGUGGUACACCUGAUGAGUUUCCUACAGACAUUCCAGGGACCAAAGGGAACUUCAAAUUAGUCAGACAUGUUUCCUUUGUUGACUGUCCUGGCCACGACAUUUUGAUGGCAACUAUGCCGAACGGUGCAGCGGUGAUGGAUGCAGCUCUCCUGUUGAUAGCUGGUAAUGAAUCUUGCCCUCAGCCUCAGACUUCUGAAUACCUGGCUGCAAUAGAAAUCAUCAAACUGAAGCAUAUUUUGAUCCUACAGAAUAAAAUUGAUUUGGCAAAAGAAAGUCAGGCUAAGGAACAAUAUGAACAGAUCCUUGUGUUUGUACAAGGUACAGUAGCAGAAGGAGCUCCCAUUAUUCCAAUUUCUGCACAGCUGAAAUACAGUAUUGAAGCUGUCUGUGAGUACAUAGGAAAGAAAAUACCAGUGCCUCCUAGAGACUUUACUUCAGAACGUCGACUUAUUGUCAUUAGGUCAUUUGAUGUAAACAAACCUAGUUGUGAAGUUGAUGACCUUAAAGGAAGUGUGGCUGGUGGUAGUAUCCUAAAGGGAGUAUUGAAAGUGGGCCAGGAAAUAGAAGUCAGGCCUGGUAUUGUUUCCAAAGAUAGUGAAGGAAAACUCAUGUGUAAACCAAUCUUUUCCAAAAUUGUAUCACUUUUUGCAGAACAUAGUGAUCUUCAGUAUGCUGCUCCUGGGGAUCUUAUUGGAGUUGGAACAAAAAUCGACCCCACCUUGUGCCAAGCUGGCAGAAUGGUGGGGCAGGUGCUUGGUGCAGUUGGAGCUUUACCUGAGAUAGUCACAGAAUUAGAAACUUCCUAUUUCCUACUUAGGCGGCUUCUAGGUGUACGCACUGAAGGGGACAAGAAACCAGCAAAGGUCCAAAAGCUGUCCAAGAAUGAAGUGCUCAUGGUCAACAUAGGAUCUCUGUCAACAGGAAGGAGAGUUGGUGCUGUCAAGGCUGAUUUGGGCAAAAUUGUUCUGACCAAUCCUGUGUGCACAGAAGUGGGAGAGAAAAUUGCCCUUAGCCGAAGAGUUGAGAAGCACUGGCGUUUAAUUGGUUGGGGUCAGAUAAGAAGAGGAAUGACAAUCAAGCCAACCAUAGAUGAUGGCUGAAGAAUCCCAGUUAAAUAAUACAUCUGGAUGGAGGUGGAGUUUCUCUGAACAACCUAGGGGUAUAUUUUCAAAGCAAUACUCGGGAAUUAAUUUCACAGCUUAUUACCUUAGUAGGUAGCUGUAAGGUUAUUCUCAUUUUUUGAUAAUGAAAAUCUAACCUCUAGUACUAAUAUGA